UACCUCUUAGGCGCGCCCAUGACACCUCUCUCUGCUCGACAGCGCCAUGCUGCCCAGUUCGAGCGCCUGGACGGUCGCUUCUUUCGAGUUGGUGGCCCAAAUCUUGAACCGGAAGGAGCCGGUCGUCAUAGCGAUGACGAGAGCGACGACGACACAAAUUUCGUCGUACGAGGGGGGCUCAGACAAUCGACAGAGGCUGCAGACGAUUCUUUCGCUGUGCGGCAGCUUUGGGCCAAACGCCAAAUUAACAGCGUCGUCUUCUACCUUAUGCAGUGGGAGGGCCACGAGGACUUGACGUGGGAGCCCACACAUAACUUACCGUUAGAUCUUAUGGCUGGGUUCGAGGCGAGCCACAAGGACUCCGUGUGGGACUAUCAGUCCACUCGCGGCAGGCGUCGCCAGCUGAGAGCAGAGCGCCCCACACGCCGAUCGACGCGAGUUCGCGCUCGCAGCUCCCUUCGCCGGCAGCUCGGCUAACAUCUGCGCUAGUUUAGAUAUUCAAUAUUCAUUGAAUAAGCUCCCC